UUCCCUUCAGAGCUCUUUUUCUACAAUAUUACACAUCCAAUUCCAUACCAUUCAGCUCACAAUACUCCAAUCUCACUGAAAAAAGUUGCUCACUCUCAGCACCACUCUCAUCAUAUAGUUGAUAACAUCAGGGAAUGAGGCUUUUCAUAUCAGCUGCAUGUGUUCUUGUGCUAUUCUCUUGUACAGCUGCGUAUGAUCCUUUGGAUCCAAAUGGAAACGUAACGAUCAAAUGGGAUGUUGUGUCUUGGACACCAGAUGGCUAUGUAGCAGUGGUAACAAUGAGCAAUUUCCAAAUGUUUCGGCACAUCAUGAAUCCGGGGUGGACCUUGUCGUGGUCAUGGGCAAAGAAGGAAGUAAUAUGGUCCAUGGUAGGAGCUCAAACAACAGAGCAAGGAGACUGUUCUAAGUUCAAAGGCAAUGUACCUCACUGCUGCAAGAAAACUCCCACAGUUGUAGACUUGCUCCCUGGUGUACCUUACAAUCAACAGUUCUCAAACUGUUGCAAGGGUGGAGUGGUUGCAGCAUGGGGCCAAGACCCUUCAGCAGCAGUUUCAUCCUUCCAAGUCAGUGUUGGGUUAGCCGGCACUUCAAACAAGACUGUUAAACUUCCCAAGAACUUCACUCUCUUGGGUCCAGGACCAGGCUACACUUGUGGUCCUGCAAAGGUUGUUCCUUCCACCGUUUUCCUUACACCUGACAAGCGCCGCAAGACUCAAGCACUAAUGACAUGGAAUGUUACUUGCACAUACUCACAAUUUCUGGCAAGAAAGAACCCAGGUUGCUGUGUAUCUUUGUCAUCCUUUUACAACGAGACCAUUACCCCUUGUCCCUCUUGUGCAUGUGGAUGCCAGAACAAGAGGAACUGUGUCAAGAGUGACUCUAAACGUAUCAACAUGGUGGGGAUUCACACUCCAAAGAAAGACAAUGAACCAUUGCUUCAGUGCACUCAUCAUAUGUGCCCAAUAAGAGUGCACUGGCACGUGAAGCUCAACUACAAGGACUAUUGGCGAGUCAAGGUUGCCGUAACAAAUUUCAACUACAGGAUGAACUACUCCCUCUGGACUCUUGCUGUUCAGCAUCCAAAUCUUAACAAUGUCACCCAAGUUUUCAGCUUUGAUUACAAGCCUCUACUUCCAUACGAGUCCAUAAAUGAUACUGGCAUGUUCUAUGGAAUGAAAUACUUUAACGAUCUAUUGAUGGAAGCUGGACCGACUGGGAAUGUUCAAUCAGAAAUUCUUCUUCAGAAAGAUAAGGAUACAUUCACACUCAAGCAGGGGUGGGCAUUUCCUCGCAAGGUCUACUUUAAUGGCGAAGAAUGCAUGCUGCCACCGCCGGAUACCUAUCCGAUCCUCCCUAACUCUGCCCCUGUGAACCUAUUGAAAUUCCCAGAAUUCAUUUUCACAAUGCUUGUCAUGCUAGCUGUUUGGUGAACUAACACAUAAGCGAGAUACAAUUGUUUUCUAUGAAAUUUUGAAGCCAAGUUUUCUUACACCCACAUAACGUGCAUCAGGUAUGAAGAUUCUAUAGGAAUUGUUUGAAAACACCAAACAAAACUCAUGAAUUUGUGAGCCGAUCCAUGAGCGCUGAUCGGGUGCUGAAUAGAGAAUAUAAUUCCAUGCAAUGAUUUUGUUUGAAUCGUGUCAAUGCUUAUAUGGCAAUGCUGUAAUGGAUGUUGGAUCCCACUUCUUCCUUUUAUUCAGGUGGUUCUGUUUAGACCACAUCGUGUAUGAUACAAAAUAUAGUUUUAUUCUGUGUAGGAAACUGUAAGUAAAAGACCACUAUCAUUUCAAACCCACAUAUGAUUCAUCAAGUCUAUAUUUUUCAUGUGA